AUGCCUGAGGUACCGAAGACGCCAGCCAAGAGGCGUUCUGCUGCGAAAAGAAUUAAUUAUGAUGAGAAGAGGGCUGACGCUGAACUAUUACAACGGAUUAAACAGCUAGAGAAGAAUAAGCCUAAAAGUAGUAAUAAAGCUGUAGUUAAAGCCAAAACACAGGGAUUUAAAUACCAAGGGUUUCUCCAAGAUAAGGCUACACCUUGGAAUUUUAUACCGACGCUUCCACCAGCUUUUAGAAAACAUAGCAGAUUUUCUAAUGUUAUAGACAUUCAAGAUGCCUAUGUGGAUACUAGGACCCAGAGUUUGUAUAAUGGUAGUUCUGUGGUGCUUAAGAGGGAUGAUCAUAUAUAUAUGAUUUCAGAGCCACCUGGAGAGCCAUAUUAUAUUGGUCGUGUUGUUGAGUUUAUACCGAAGACAGAGUUUUAUGAAAGUAUUGAAUCUGCCCGGAAAAUGGAUAUAACCCAGUCUUUCCCAGCGAAAUAUUUUCAGGUGAAGAUGAAUUGGUACUACCGUGCUCGGGAUAUCAGGGAUAACGCAUCCAAUGUUAAUUCGAGGCUUUUAUAUGCGUCGCUCCAUAACGAUAUAUGUCCAAUUCAAUCUUAUCGGGGAAAAUGCACGGUUUUACACAAGAGUGAAUUGGAAGAUGGUAACAUUCAUGAAUAUAUCAAUAAACCAGGGAACUUUUUUUUUGAGCAGGUUUUUGAUCGGUAUACGUUAACUUACUAUGAUGUAUGGAGCACCAAAGAGCUGCUGAAUCUAAAGAUCGAUUCGAAGUUUUUGAUUGCUCUUUCUGAGAGAUAUCCAUAUAUCUACGUUGAAGAGAAGUUUCCUGUAAUUAAUGUCAUCAAGAGGUACAUUUUAAACGACGAAUCGAGUAUAGAUAAUCAAUCUGGACAAUGGGAUCUACAAUGUGGAAGAUGCGAGGAAUGGUGUGAGCAAGUCAACUCAAUAAAGUGCGAUGCAUGUAAGACACCGCUGCAUUUAUAUUGUUUAGAUCCACCGCUGGAAAGGAAGCCCGGAAAACGUAUUUCAUGGAUAUGUUUCGCCUGUAUCCAAUCGCAAAAUGAUUCAUUUACCGAAAUUGACCAGUCUAAAACCAACAUCUUAGCUGCAACUGAAGUAGAGACAAAGUCUUUGGUUGGCAAGGGCAGAAAUAUAGAGAACUGGUGGUUCCAGUAUUUUGGAUCAAAACUUAUAUGUCAUUUAGAGGAUUGUAUUACUACGGAUUUGAUACUCCCGUAUCCUAUCAAGUGUUCUAGAAUAGGUGUACGCCGACAGUGGUCAGGUUGUAAUGAUCUUGAAUGGGUACCGAAACCAUACUCUGAUUCAGAAGACGAAAGGGGGCUUGAUUCUACAUCUGCACUACUUUGGUAUUUAGAUAAGAAGGCCAUAUCUGAGCAAGAGCUGGACGAAUAUGUUGAGCGUUGUAGUGAUAAUUUCCCCAAGAACCUUGGCAUUACACCACAAGCUACAAACUUUUUAGAUAUGAUUGUAAAGAUUCUGGUGGAUAAUGGCUUUCAGAGAGAUGAGGCGUUUAAGAAGUGUGGUAAGGUAAUAAGCAGGGAAUCACUUAAAGAACCAACAUUCUCCAAGGAAGAGGUAGAAAAAUUUGAACAGGCGGUAGCAGACCAUGGAAGUGAAUUAUAUCCCGUGUGUAAAUUUGUUGGAACGCAACCGAUGUCUAUGAUUGUUAGGUUCUAUUACAAUUGGAAGAAAACAGAGAACGGAAGGAAGAUUUGGGGUAAUUUUAAAGGAAGAAGCAAGAAUAAGAACAAAAAUAAGAUUACUGCACAAGGUUCAGCUACUGGUAAGGAAUUAGAAGACUUGAGGAAAAGAAAGAGAAAGACACCUGAUAAACUUGAUGAUUUAGAGCCUCAAUGGAAACAUGUUGACGAUUCAUCCUUUGACUCUGAGAAAAUAAACAAGGUAAAAACUUGUUUCCAGUGCAUGUUCUGUGAAAUUGACUAUUCUCCUCUGUGGUAUCGAGUAACUGGUGGAUCGGACGACGAAAAUGUUCAAUCUAGAAUGAAGGUUGGAGUGAAUGAAAAGACUAUUGUUUCAGGCAAAUCAUCAUCACGCUUGAGUCCUCCACAAGAACAAAAAUUGAAUGCAUUAUGCAUUCGUUGUGCAAGAUUAUGGAGAAGGUACGCGGUCAAAUGGCAGCCUCCUAUUGAAGUCUUGAAAAAGCUAAAGGGUUCCAGCACAAGUAAUAUGCAGACAGCAUUAAUAGAGUUAUUAGAUGAUCCUAACGAAAAGUUGAUAAAGAGCUGUCCUUCUCAAGCUCUAACGAAAAUGCUUGAAUGGGAAUUGGUUCAAGACGCUGAAUUGAUUGUAAAACAAAGAUACGAUAUGCUUAAGAACCCUGAUAGAUUGAACAAAAUUAAACGCAACUGCUUGAGCGCUCAUGGACAACUAAAUAAAUUGGUUAAGAGACCAAUUACUUCAAUAGCAAAGGAUUCAGGCGGUGCUAAGGAAUUAACUGCUUACAUUGACAAACAUAGUGCAGGGCUCAGAAGAAAAGAACGGAAAUUGAAAGAGGUAAAUGGAACAUCUGCAUUAAAAUUACCUGUUACAAAGGAUAAACCUGCACCUUUAGUAGCUACCGCAAACAAUCCUAUUCAAGAUGCUGAAGGUAGUGCUAACGUCGUUCAGGCUGAACCCAUUGUUAAAAAGAGGAAAUAUAACUCUAGUCAGAAAAACUCAUUUGGCAAUGGAACAAUUAAAUUAGAAAUACCAGGGCUAUGUGAUUCGAAAUCAGGCAAACAGAUUACCAUUGAAAACCAAUUUGAGUUUAUUAAAAUACCCGAGGAAGUACACAACAAUCUAUUUGGUAAGUUAAUGGGCAACUCAAGCCAUAAUAAACAUAAAGCUUCGGAAGCUACACGAAGUGCUGCAGUCGAUAAUAAACUCAUACAACUCAACAGAUCUUUAUCAUUUAAUGACAGUGGUGUCUCUAUAAUUAGACAAUCACAGCUUUAUGAUGGUAUUUUGAGGGAAUAUAAUUCAAUUAACCCAGUUUAUUGCAAGGAGAACAAUAGAGCCGUAUUGCAGGGAUCCGGAUCAUCUAAAUUCUCAGGUAGUACUAAAUCAUCUCUUCAGACAGCGGGAAGAAAAUCUAAAUCAAAUUUAUCUUCUCUUGUGGAUCUAUCCACGCAAGUUAUUGGCGAACCAAGGGAUUUCUGUUGUAUCUGCAUGGGUGACUUUAAUCAACCCGAAAACUUAGAAUUAACUUGCUGCAACUGUGGUCUAAAUGUUCAUCCUGACUGUUACGGCGUUAAUAAUACAUCUAACAUCGAGUCAGGCGAAAAUUCAUGGCUGUGCGACUCAUGCUCCAAUGAUAGGAAUCCAUUAGUAUCCACGAAUUACCAAUGUUCUCUUUGUAACGCAAGAGAAAUUGAUCAUAAUUCUGCUAAAAGGAAACUCAAAAAGGCAAUACCUGAUGCACUUAAAUUUGAUAUGUCAGGUUCCUGGUGUCAUGUUAUAUGCGCAAUAUUUAACCCAGACGUAAAGUUCGGGCUGCCCAAAACCUAUCAGCCUUUGUACAAUAUAGGGACAGUACUGCUCAAAAAUGACGGCGAGAAAUGCGGCAUCUGUAGUUUCCAAGGCGGAGGACUUGUCCAAUGUGAUAAAUGCAGCAACAAAUUCCAUGUAACUUGUGCUCAAGAUACUCCAGAUUUUAGGCUUUGCUUUAAGAAGUACUCUGAACCCUCUGCAUAUAACACAGGUCCGAAUAGCAAUGAAAAGUUUAAUAUCAAACCGAUUAUUGUUUGCGCUCAUCAUAGUAAGCAAUCAGACUCAAUGAAAGAUACACUACCCUUAGAUUCCAGGACUUCUUCAGGCGUAUCGUUGGUGCAACACUACAUAAAAAACUACAAAACGCUAUCCACAAUCAAUGGAUAUUCAAGUAUCGGCUUAAGGAUACAGGAAUACGAAACAUACUGUAAAUUAAAUGCUGAGAAUGGAAACCAGGAUGGUAUGGUAAAGGCCGAAUGUAAAGAUAAUGUUUGUUUGUCCUCAAACAAAAAAUGCAUCCAUUGUGCCACAGCUGUAUCAAUAUACUGGUACAACAACGUUUGUCAUGGGUGCUACAUUUCAAAAGAUGACAUUAAUUAUAUUUCCAAGGAAAAAACUGAUAUAGUAGUGGAACAUCCUGCGGUUGACUUUAAUCUAUCGAAACAUCUCUUACAAGAUAUCGACUGCGACAAACUACGCAUCGAGAUCAACUUUCAACCAGGUACUAAACCCCGGAGAAAAGGAACGAAGAAUCCGAAAAAGCCAUCUCCCGCUAAUGAAGACGGCUCUCCAAACGUUGUAGUGCAGGAUAUGGGCACCAAUCUAACGCUGGUGAAGGACCAGUCAUUCAGUGAAACAGAAACUGAUUUUCCAAAGACCAUGGAUUAG